AUGCCCUACUCAUUUGCCUGGGUUUGCAAGGAUGUGGUCAAGAAACUUCAAGGAAGAGAUCUGAAUCCUGUCAAAUGUCUGUCAGAUGCGAUGAAGUUCCGCCAGUUUGAGAUACUGCAGAAGAAUCCUCAGUCACUGUUUUGGAAAUCUGAAGAUACUCCAGUUGGAUACUCCAUCCUGCAAAUCUUAGAACCAAAUUGUCCAGUCCCAGCGCCUGAAGUGUCAUCUCCCAUCCCCCUGAAACACAAUCUAUCCUGGAAACUAAAGGCUAACGCAGGUGUCAAUGCCAUUGUGGAAGGAAGUGCGUCAACCUGGUUUGGUCAGUCCUGUGUAUACGACAUCGAGGUCCGGUGUACUAACAUCCCAGAUUCAAAACUGGAAAGUCUUCAAAACAGGAAACUUCUGGAUCGGGAGCCAUCAUUUGUGGAGGAUUGCAGGAUGGGAAUAAAGGACCUGCAUGUGGUGACAGAGGCCUUUGAAGUGACCAAGGAUGCUGUGCUGGAAGGGAGUAGCAGUGUAGAACUUUCAGGAAAAGUGGGCAUCCCCCAGGUUGUCAAGGAAGAGGCUGGGUGCUGGGAAGGCUCUCAGGAAUCCACAAGGUUGAUCCCACUUUGGUCUGCUGGCAGUGGUUUAGCCUACCUUCUUAUGGAAACCAGGAUCAACAGCCCAGGGAUGGUAAAGAGCAUCCUGCAGCCGAACUUCAAGUAUCCCUGGAACAUCCCCUUCACUCUCCAGCCUCAGCUUCUUGCUCCACUCCAGGGUGAGGGUUUGACCAUUACUUAUGAAUUGCUGAAGGAGUGUGGUCUGAAGAUGGAGCUGAAUAAUUCCAGGUCAACUUGGGAUCUGGAGGCCAAGAUGCCUCUGUCUGCCCUUUAUGGGAGUCUGUCAUUAUUGCAGCAACUUGUAGACGCCUAA